CACGCAGCUGGCGGGAGUUCCGAAGCGCCUUUCCUUGUUUCUGAACUCAGCGCGGGAGUUUCAGUCUUCGUUUGCUUCAGCCAUCAGUGUGAGAUGCCGUGUGAGAGGAAGCCCAUGCGCUACGGCCACUCCGAGGGACACACAGACGUCACCUUUGAUGACGCUGGAAAGUUCAUCGUGACCUGUGGAAGCGACGGAGACGUGCGGAUCUGGGAGAGCCUGGACGACGAUGACCCCCGGUCCAUCAACGUGGGGGAGAAGGCCUACUCCCUGGCUCUCAAGAAGGGCAAGCUGGUGACGGCCGGCUCCAACAACACAGUCCAGAUCCACACCUUCCCUGAGGGCGAUCCAGACGGCAUCCUGACGCGCUUCACCACCCACGCCACGCACGUGGCCUUCAACCGCUCCGGCUCUCGGGUCGCGGCCGGCUCCAGUGACUUCAUGGUCAAGGUGGUGGAGGUGGCGGACAGCAGCCAACAGAAAACGCUCCGGGGUCACGAUGCCCCGGUCCUCAGCGUCACCUUUGACCCUAAAGACGAGUUCCUGGCGUCCGCUAGCUGUGAUGGCUCUGUGGUCAUCUGGAAGAUCGAUGAACAGACCAAAGUCACCAGUUGGCCCGUGCUGCAGAAGUCCAACGACGUCAGCACCGCCAAGUCUCUGUGUAGACUGGGCUGGCAACCCAAGACGGCCAAGCUUCUCGCGGUUCCCGUGGGGCUGAAGGUUCAUUUGUACGAGAGAGAUUCCUGGGAGCACGUGAGCACCCUCUCUGAUGACAUGAUAACACAGCCCAUCAACGUGGUGGCCUGGUCCCCCUGUGGGCAGCUCCUGGCCGCGGGCAGCGUGGGGGGCUUCCUGACCGUGUGGAACGCCGAGAGCAAGCUGUGUGUGGAGAGGCAGAAGCACGAGAAGGGCUACACGGUGUGUGGCUUGGCCUGGCACCCCUCAGGACGCCAGAUGGCGUACACCGACACCCAGGGCUCCCUGGGCCUCCUGGACGACCUCCCCACCGCCUCCUCCGCCACCAAGACCCCCAAGGCCCCUGCGGUCAAAGCGGCCAAUGACUACGACGACCUGUUCGACGAAGACGACGACCGUGCGAUGGACGAAGGACUGAGUGACACCCACUCGCCUGCCAAACGUCCCGUUGCCGGGGGCGACGACGACGACGACGACGACGACGACGACCUCAUGCCCGCCACGGGACGGGUGAAGAACCGGGGCUCCUUUCUGGACGAUGAAAACUCGCUCGACACCGUCUCGCUGGCGCUCGGACAGGGGAAGUACGGCGAUGACGACGACGCUGGCAGCACCGUAGCGCCCCCUACUGGCCCCUCGCUGCCCCUGCGCCCCACGUACGAGGGGCCGCUGCCCACCCCGCCCCAGAAGCCCUUCCAGCCCGGCUCCACCCCCGCCCAUCUCACUCACCGCUUCAUGACGUGGAACUCGGUGGGCGUGGUGCGCGGCUACAACGACGACCAGGACAACGCGGUGGACGUGGAGUUCCACGACACGGCGGUCCACCACGCCAUGCACCUCACCAACGCGCUGGGCCACACGCUGGCCGACCUCUCCCAGGAGGCCGUGCUGCUGGCCUGCCCCGCCACCGACGAGCUCGCCAGUAAGCUCCAGUGCCUGCACUUCUCGUCGUGGGACGCCAACAAGGAGUGGAUCGUGGACCUGCCCGCGGGGGAGGACGUGCGGGCGCUGGUCCUGGGCCAGGGCUGGGCCGCUGCCGCCACCAGCGCCCGCACGCUCCGCCUCUUCACCGUGGGCGGCGUGCAGAAGGAGAUCUUCAGCCUGCCCGGCCACGUGGUCAGCAUGGCGGCGCACGGGGAGCAGCUGCUGGUCGUGUACCACCGCGGUACGGGCUUCGACGGGGACCAGGCCCUGGGGGUCCAGCUGCUGCAGCUGGGCCGACGCAAGAGGCAGGUGAUCCAUGGAGAGCCUCUGCCCCUCUCCUGCAAGGCCCACCUGGCCUGGCUGGGCUUCACAGCCGAGGGGACGCCGUGCUACGUGGACUCGGAGGGCGUGGUGCGCAUGCUAAACCGUUCCCUAGGCAACACGUGGACGCCGGUGUGCAACACCAGGGAGACCUGCAAGGGCAAGUCGGACCACUUCUGGGUGGUCGCGGUGCACGAGAACCCCCAGCAGCUCAGGUGCAUUCCCUGUAAAGGCUCCAGGUACCCCCCCACCCUGCCAAGGCCCGCUGUGGCCAUCCUGCCCUUCAAGCUGCCCCUGUGUCAGACCACCACCGAGAAGGGCCAGAUGGAGGAGCAGUACUGGCGCUCCACGCUGCUCCAGAACCACUACAGCUUCCUGUCCAGCAGCGGCUACGAGAUCGACGACGAGGGGCAGAACCAGAACCAGAAGGAGCAGCAGGAGCUCCUCAUGAAGAUGUUCGCUCUGUCCUGUAAGCUGGAGAGGGAGUUCCGCUGCAUGGAGCUGGCCGAGCUGAUGACCCAGAGCGUGGUGACGCUGGCCGUCCGCUACGCCUCGCGCUCCCGCCGCAUGAACCUGGCCCAGCGGCUCAACGAGCUGGCCAUGGAGAAGGCCAACCAGCUGCAGGAGGAGCAGGAGCAGGAGGAGGAAGAGGUGCAGGAGGAGGAGCACCACACCCCCAGGAGCAGGUACGGUCAGAGGGAGAGCGCAGGUGGCCACUCGAGCAGCAGACCUCAUCAGGCCAGAGAAGAGGAGCCCAGAGAGGAGGGAGAGGACGAUUCUCAGGAGACGGAGACCCUUGAGGCAGACGGCGAAAGCCGAAAACGCCUGAACCCGUUCGCUAGAGGAGCAGCAGCUUCCCCGGAGAAGCCGUCUCCGAAGCCAAUGAGUAAAGAAGGACGUGUAAAUCCCUUUAAGGUCCAGGGCUCAGGGAAGUCUCCCUCCCAGUCCAGGGUCUCCAACGUCCUGGACAGCAUGACCUCCGUGAGGAGACCGGCGCCUCUGGGGGGGCCCUCGGGGAAACAGAGCAAGGGCCCCGUUCUGAAGCCCCUGGCCCCCAAACCAAAGAUCAAGAUGCAGUCUACUCUGUUACAAAUGGCCACCUCCAAAGCAGCCAAUAAGAAGGCUCAAGUGAAUCAGGAGCCAGCUGCUGAUAGGCUGAAGCAACCAGAAGUCCCUCCCCCAGACUCGCCAGUUGAGGACUCUGAGAAUAAAAAACCGAGGACGGGCUUCCAGCUGUGGCUAGAGGAGAACAGGAAGAGCAUCUUGGCCGACAGCCCGGACCUCCAGGAGACUGAUGUCAUCAAGGCGGCCAUGGGCAGCUUCAGGAGCCUCUCGGCAGAAGACCGACUGUCGUGGACGGAGAGAGCUAAAGGCCAGUCCGGGGAAGCGGCCGACCUGAAGAAGAGGAAGAGAGUGGAGGAGGUGGGGGAAGGGGACGAUGAAGAGUCACGGGUGAAAGCAGAUGAGAAUAUAGCCAAGAAGAAGAAGUCUUUGGAUACGACCGCAAAGCUGUCGGCAUUCGCGUUCAACAAAAACUAAGCGGUUCGACUGAGAGGUGCAUUCUGUUGGUCGAUGAUAAAUAAUAAAUGUGGAUGAAAAGCAUUCACUUUUUUUUAAAUAGGUUUUAUGUUUGACGAGGAGCAUGUGCCUUCACAUGGGUCGUGUUGUGAGAGAUUGAUCUGGGCCGUCUUGCUGCCAUGGCUCAGGAGUGGAUAAGGUGAUGCCAUGACUGGUGUCACUCCAGAAGUAUAGCCGCAGUUGAAGUAUGGAUAUGUGGUUCUCUUUAACGCUGUGUUAUUCGUUUUGUAUAUUAAAAUGUCAUACUGUAUUUUCAAUAUCCAAUAAAUGUCAUGUGUAAAUCACUGACUUCUG